ACGCGACGUGACCAGUCCACCACCACCACACAAACCGAGCCCACAAGAACCACGUCCUCUCUGCCCGUUAGUGCGGUGGAGCAGACGAGCAGCAGAGAGCGAACAGGAGGAGCAGAAGCAGCCGCCGCCGCAGCCAUGGUGCUCUCGCACGCGAGCUCGAGCCGGGACGACGCCCUGUGCUGCACCUUCGCCUCGCGCUACGUCCGCGAGCCGCUGCCGCGGUACCGGAUGCCGGAGCGGUCGACCCCGAAGGAGGCGGCGUACCAGAUCAUCAGCGACGAGCUGAUGCUGGACGGCAACCCGCGCCUGAACCUGGCCUCCUUCGUCACCACGUGGAUGGAGCCCGAGUGCGACAAGCUCAUCAUGGACUCCGUCAACAAGAACUACGUCGACAUGGACGAGUACCCCGUCACCACCGAGCUGCAGAACCGUUGUGUAAAUAUGAUAGCUCACCUGUUCAAUGCACCGAUUAAGGAGGAUGAGACAGCUAUUGGAGUCGGAACAGUGGGAUCCUCAGAAGCAAUUAUGCUUGCAGGUCUAGCAUUCAAGAGGAAGUGGCAAAACAAAAGGAAGGAACAGGGGAAGCCAUAUGACAAACCCAACAUUGUCACUGGUGCUAAUGUUCAGGUCUGCUGGGAGAAAUUUGCAAGAUAUUUUGAAGUUGAACUAAAGGAGGUUAAGUUAUCUGAAGGAUAUUAUGUCAUGGAUCCUGUGAAGGCUGUUGAGAUGGUGGAUGAGAACACUAUAUGUGUUGCAGCCAUCCUUGGAUCUACACUCACUGGAGAAUUUGAAGAUGUUAAGCUAUUGAAUGACCUGCUUGUGGAAAAGAACAAGGAAACUGGUUGGGAUGUGCCGAUUCAUGUUGACGCUGCGAGCGGAGGAUUCAUAGCGCCUUUCCUCUACCCUGAGCUUGAAUGGGACUUCAGGCUACCUCUGGUGAAGAGCGUCAAUGUCAGUGGGCACAAGUAUGGCCUUGUCUAUGCUGGUGUUGGUUGGGUCAUUUGGCGGAGCAAGGAGGAUUUGCCUGAUGAACUCAUUUUCCAUAUAAACUACCUCGGGACAGACCAGCCUACGUUCACGCUCAACUUCUCCAAAGGUUCCAGCCAGAUCAUUGCACAAUACUACCAGCUCAUACGUCUAGGCUUCGAGGGAUACAAGAACAUCAUGGAGAACUGCAUGGAGAACACCGCGAUACUAAGGGAAGGCCUCGCGGCAACCGGCCGGUUCGACAUCCUCUCCAAGGACGCCGGCGUGCCGUUGGUUGCGUUCUCGCUCAAGGAUAGCAGCACGUUCAGCGUGUUCGACAUCUCAGACAACCUGCGGAAGUUCGGCUGGAUCGUGCCGGCCUACACCAUGCCCCCGGACGCGGAGCACGUGGCCGUGCUCCGCGUCGUCGUCAGGGAGGACUUCAGCCGGAGCCUCGCGGAGCGGCUCGUUUCCGACAUCGUGAAGACGCUGCACGAGCUGGAAGCGCGCGCGAUCCACGCCGUGAAUGUCUCUAGCGCCAUCGCCGCGCAGACGGACAAUGGUGCUGCGACCAAGAAGAGCGUCCUGGAGAUCGAGAGGGAGAUCACCGCGCGUUGGAGGAACGCGGUGAGCAAGAAGAAGACCGGGGUCUGCUGAUGCGUCAAGCGGAGAGCGUGUGAUUCGGAGGUUUCAUUCACCGUGACGCCUUCGUGUAUGCCUGUCUACGUAUGACGUAUCUACGUAGACGCCUGCUAGCUUUGUAUUCUCGUUACGUAACUCCAGAUGCUGUAUUCGUCCUUUUCACGUUUUUUUCCUUUUCCCUUUUGUGGCUGUGUGCAUUUAAAUUAUGCAGAGACCGUGAAUUUUUAUUUGUUUGCUUGGAUCCACGUAUGACGUAUCUACGUAAACGCCUGCUAGCUUUGCUUGGAUCCA